UUGGCUCAUUUUUGCCGUUGCAAUGUCCAUUUUGAAGCUUUCCUUGGAGGAGCUGGUCACUGCCUUGGCCAAGGGUCACCUAACUUCCAGUGAGGUGCUGAAGGCGUACCGUGCGCGUGCGGAGCUGAUUCACCACGCCUGCAAUGCUGUGGCCUGUUGGAUCCCGGAGGCUGAACAAGGGGCCCGGGAGGCGGACGAACAUCUGCAACGCACCGGGCAGGUCUUGGGACCCCUACAUGGGGUGCCAUUCACCGUGAAGGAUCAUGUCAUGGUGAAACAGACUCCCAUUACCAUGGGGAUGAAAAAGUUGCAGAACUCUGGGAAGACCAGUCGCAGAGAUGAGCAUUUGGUGACGGUUUUUCGGUCCUUAGGUGCCAUUCCAUUUGCCAAAAGCACGAUGUCUCAGUUGGGAAUGACCAUUGGAGGAGGCAGUCCAGCCCAUGGUGACACCCUCAACCCCUGGGACACCCGGCGCAGCUCGGGUGGAAGCAGCGCAGGCGAGGGUGCCCUGAUCGGCGGUGGGGCAGCCCCCUUUGGCAUCGGCAGCGAUGUGGGGGGCUCCGUCCGGGUGCCGGCCGCGUUCUGUGGCAUCUCCUCGUUGAAACCCACCUGUGGGCGGAUCUCCAUGAUGCUGUCGCGGCCGGGAGAAUAUUUUGUGCCCGCAACUGCUGGGGUCAUGGCCAGAACAGCUGCGGAUUUGUCUCUGGUGUACUCACACCUGUUGGCCAAAGGUCUUAAUGAUGGACUGCCGAGGCUGCCGCCAAUACCUUUCAAUCAGCCUGAGUUCUCUUCUAAGCGGCCGCUGCGAAUUGGCUACUACGUGGAAGAGUACACCUUCCCCAAGCCUUGUGCAGCAGUGUGUCGGGCCAUGGAAGAGGCUUGCUCAGCACUGAAAGCGCUGGGGCAUGAGCUGAUAGAGUUCAAACCACACACUGAUGGGGUGCUUCCCAAAGAGAUGGUCUGGGAUCUUGAUGCUUCCUUUUACGUUUCAUCCAGACCUUACAAGGAGGUAGUCAAGGAAUUGAAGUCAGAGAAGAGUGCUCAGACAGCAGAAGAAAUCAAAUCCCAUGUGAUCGGUGUAGAUUCCGAAGAAGCGCAUCCUGAUUUGAUUGGAAUGUUCAGCUCUCAUGAGCCAUAUGCAUCCAGGAAUGUGCAGCAUGCUGGGUCACUGGGUGGUAGCAGCAUUGGCCAUGAACAGAUAUAUGCCAGCCGUGACAAAAUGAGAGAGAGGUUUUACAAGGCCUGGCAGGCUUCAGAGUUGGACGUCUUGCUUUGCCCUGCUUUUGCCACACCUGCUCUGCACGUUGAAGAGGUUCCAUAUUCUGCCAGCAACGUGAUCACAACCCGGGUGUACAAUUUGCUUGACAUGCCUGCGGGUGUUGUCACUGUCACCUCAGUGAACCAUAGUGAUUUGUCUCAAGGAUAUGACCCGGGCACAACAAAUCCCGAUGUGACCCGAAUGGCGAUGAGGGCAGUGGAGGACUCUUUGGGUCUUCCAGUGGCCGUGCAACUAGUGACUCUUCCAUGGAAGGAAGAGCUAUGCCUGCGAGCUAUGACAGAACUGGAGAAGGCGGUGGCUUGUGACCAGAACCACAGCCACCAUCUCCUCCAACCUGAAGCGCGGCGAAGUCCAAGUUUGGGAGCAGCACCUAUUCCUCUGGGAGCCCGCUUGUAAGGCUAAAAUGUUGGCAGAAAA